AUUAUGGCGUCACCUGGGGCCCCUGGGGGGGUUCUAUAAAGCGCCCGCCGGCCCCCUUCCCUCUGUCAGAGAGGCUAAAAGGUCCGCCAGGCACUCAGUCUAACCUCGUCUUUUCCUCAGAAUCCCCCCGUCAGCAUUGAUGCCCACCUCCUCUUGACGACUUAGACCUCCGCCCACUUCAAUUCACACCUAUGUCUAUCCGACAGGUGGACACAGGUGGCAACUGAACUGAGUUUCCCCAAAUAGUUCAGUUUAGGAAAAAAUUGACCUAAUCUGGGCGCUUUUGGUCAGCCAAAGCCGCUGACGCCAAACUCUGAGGUUUUUCUCCUAUUAAGGCCUUGAAGGUGAUUUAUUUCGGAAGAACCCUCUUCGUCGUCUGGUUGAGAGCCAUCCUCCAAACGCCACCAUGUGGGAGUUCCGGUCCAUGAAUUUUUGGCGGGCAGUCUUCGCAGAGUUCUUCGGGACCAUGUUCUUUGUGUUUUUCGGCAUGGGCGCCGCCCUGCGCUGGACCACGGGGCCUCACCACGUCCUCCACGUGGCCCUGUGCUUCGGGCUGGCGGCCGCCACCCUCAUCCAGUCCAUCGGCCACAUCAGCGGCGGACACAUCAACCCCGCCGUCACCUUCGCCUACCUGGUCGGCUCACAGAUGUCUCUCUUCCGGGCCAUUUUCUACAUUGCCGCCCAGUGCAUGGGCGCUGUGGCGGGGGCUGCUGUGCUGUACGGGGUCACACCUGGCAACAUGAGGGGCAACAUGGCCAUGAACAUGCUGCAGCCGGGCAUCAGUCUGGGCAUGGCCACCACGGUGGAGGUCUUCCUCACCAUGCAGCUUGUCAUCUGCAUCUUUGCCGUAACCGAUGAGAGACGAAACGGCCGUCUGGGAUCCGCCGCUCUCUCCAUCGGCUUCUCCGUCACCAUUGGACAUCUCAUGGGGAUGUACUACACCGGUGCUGGAAUGAACCCCGCCAGGUCCUUUGCCCCGGCUGUAAUCUUCAGAAACUUUAUCAACCACUGGGUGUAUUGGGUCGGCCCCAUGAUAGGAGGUGCCAUGGGGGCCCUGCUGUAUGAUUUCAUGCUUUUCCCGCGCAUGAGGGGUCUGUCUGAACGCCUGGCCACACUGAAGGGCAGCCGACCCCCCGAGAGUGAGACCCAGCAGGAGACCAGGGGGGAGCCCAUCGAGCUCAAGACGCAAGCCCUAUAAACCUUCACCCGCCCCCCCCUUUUACUGACUGGGGCUGAAGAAUGAAGGACAAGGCCCUGAGCUAGGCUUACUCCCCCCCAACUCCACCGAAUGCCUUCACACACGCCAUCGCACACACUAACCCCAUUCUGUCCCGUAGACUAACACUUUGACUGAUUUUACGGUUUUUAGGGCUCACCACCUUCAACCUCAAAACACAACAGGACUCCUCUCACCCCCCACUUGUCACUUUUUGAUUUCCAACAGGACAUCACGCUCGCCAUAAAAUGUGAUCAAAGCCUGACUCGGUAGCCAUCUUGUGUCUCCCUUCCUUCCUGCUUCCUCACCCACCCCCAGGGCCAGAUUUUUGUCCAUGAGAGAGAAUCCCGAGAGCAAACGGAGGUUUGAGGAAGGGGAGCGUUGGGGAAGGAAGCAGAACGAGGGCGAGGCAGGGAUGCAGGGGCGACUCGGGCGAGGGAAGAGGACGUGGGGCAGAUGAGGAUGGAUCAGAUGGGGUUCGGGUUUGACAGAGAGGGUUACACUCGUUCAUUUUAAGUUGGGUUAGACCAUUGAAGAUGGGAAUUCUUUCCAUAAUUCAUCUGAAAUUAUCUCCAUUUUUUUCCUUUUUCGUUUGUUUUCUGCACUUCUUCACACACAAAACGUGGAUGUAUAAUAUCAUUAGAAAUGAACAGGGCUUCACUUUUUUUUUCAAUCAUUGCAUUUUAUCUGUGGUUUUGUGCUUGUGUGUGCGCGUGAGAGUGAGCAUGUGCAUCUGUGUGCGCCUGCCUGUUUGCAAGCAAGUGUGUAUAUGUGUGUAAGUGUGCCAUCAAGUUUGCAGAUCGUCUCUCCUGUUUUGUAUCAUCCAUUUAUGAAACCGCAUCAGUUCUUCUCUCUUCACUGUGGUAUUUACUAUGAUUUUCAUUUUUACACCAUUCAUCUGCUUCUUUUGUUCUGAACCGGCUAGUGUUGUCUCCCGGGCUUCAGUGGUAGGUCUGCAGAAAAGCUGUGCGCGCUUUACAUCGAGUCUACUUUUAUCAUUUGAUCAUUUCUUGGAGCACACGGUAUUUCAAUAAAAUAUCAAUGAAAUAAACCCAAUCUUGAUACAA